AUGACCUUCAACGUGACUUUCAUCACUGAAUUCUACCUGCUUGGAUUUCCAGGACUCCCGCCACAGUAUUAUGGAGCUGUGGGAACCUUGUUGUUUUUUGCCUACUUGACACUGGCAGGAGGAAAUCUCUUUAUUAUUUCAUUUAUUGCUUAUGAGAGAAGCCUUCAGAAACCCACCUAUUUAAUCUUCUCCAAUCUUGCUCUGUCUGAUCUUGCUUUUGGAACUGUCAUGAUGUCUACAGCAUUGCCGAAAUACUUUUUUAAUAUCAGUACUGUAUGGUUUUAUGGAUGCUUUGUACAGAUGUUUUUUGUUCACUACUUAGGUAGCGUAUAUUGUUUCACUAUGCUAUUAAUGGCCAUUGAUCGGUUCGUUGCGGUGUAUAACCCACUUAGAUAUUGUGUUAUUGUUACAAACAAACGUAUUAUACUUGCAUGCGCAGUGAUUUGGACUUUGUUAAUAGCUUUGUUGGGGGUCAUUACUUACCAAACCUAUGAUGAACCCUACUGCGCUUCAAAUGUAAUAACCCAAAAUUUUUGUGACCAGAACACCAUUAUGAAACUAUCUUGUCAAAACUAUAAGCAGAAAAAGCUCUUCGUACUUGUUAGUGCCAUGUUUGUUCUCUUGGUCCCGUUGGGUUUUAUUAUGUUUUCUUUUAUUGCUAUCAUCGCAUUAGUUUUUAAAAUGUCUGAUCAUCAGGCUAGAUAUAAAACAUUCUCAACCUGCACUCCUCAACUUAUGAUCAUCUUACUGUACUAUGUCCCUAGAUGUGUUGUCUAUGCAUAUGAAAAUGUAGUGCCAAUCCCUCCUAGCAUCCGCAUGACAGUUAUUAUGUGGUACAGUCUGAUUCCACCUGUUGUCAAUCCAAUGAUUUACUGCUUCAGAACCAAAGAAGUGAAAGAUGCAUUAUGGAGAAAAAUUAGAAAGAAUAAAGUUAAAAUGCAGGUGACAAUGAUGCAAAUGGGGCAAACCAAAAAAAAUUGA